UAUGCCGCAUAAAGGAUCGUGACGUCAGAAUAGCGCGACACAUCUUUGUCAGUGAACAAAAUGGCGUCUUACUGUCUCACUGUCAGCCGGCUCCAGCAUGCCUUGGGCCUGGGUGUGCGGCGGUUGCACAUCACAACCAGGCUUAGUGCUCGUGGCAAAGUGGCGAUGAGCCGUUUUGAGCCCAAUAACUUCCUCAACUAUGAGAAGCUCCAGAAAAACAUCGAAAUUGUCCGUAAAAGACUGAACCGGCCCUUAACUUUGUCCGAGAAGAUUGUAUAUGGCCACCUUGAUGACCCCGUUGGACAGGAGAUUGUCCGUGGCCGUACCUACCUUCGUUUACAUCCAGACCGUGUGGCCAUGCAGGAUGCUACUGCUCAGAUGGCGAUGCUGCAGUUUAUUAGCAGUGGGCUACCUCGUGUGGCAGUUCCAAGUACCAUCCACUGCGAUCACUUGAUUGAGGCCCAGGUUGGUGGUGCGAAGGACUUGGAGAGAGCCAAGGAGAUGCAUCAAGAAGUGUACAGUUUUAUAGCAAGUGCUGGGGCUAAAUAUGGUGUGGGAUUUUGGAAGCCCGGGUCUGGAAUCAUCCACCAGAUCAUCCUUGAAAACUAUGCAUAUCCAGGAUUGCUACUGAUUGGGACAGACUCUCACUCCCCUAAUGGAGGUGGCCUUGGAAGUAUUUGUAUUGGUGUAGGUGGAGCAGAUGCUGUUGAUGUCAUGGCAGGUAUUCCCUGGGAGCUGAAGUGCCCAAAGGUGAUCGGAGUUAAGCUGACCGGUUCUCUUUCUGGCUGGACUUCCCCUAAAGAUAUCAUUCUGAAAGUAGCUGGCAUUCUGACUGUGAAGGGGGGUACAGGAGCCAUUGUUGAGUACCAUGGCCCUGGCGUAGACUCCAUCUCCUGCACGGGCAUGGCAACAAUCUGUAACAUGGGAGCAGAGAUCGGUGCAACUACAUCCGUGUUCCCAUAUAACCAUCGUAUGAAGACCUAUCUAAAUAAAACUGGACGAUCUGAAAUUGCUGCAUUAGCUGACGAAUUCAAGGACAAUCUGGUUCCAGAUAGUGGCUGUGAAUAUGAUGAGGUCAUUGAAAUCAACCUCAGUGAGUUGAAGCCUCAUAUUAAUGGGCCCUUCACUCCUGAUCUGGCCCACCCAGUUGCUGAAAUUGGAGCUGUGGCUGAAAAGAGUGGUUGGCCCCUGGAUGUGAAAGUCGGGCUAAUUGGCAGUUGUACCAACUCCAGCUAUGAAGACAUGGGCCGUGCGGCAGCUGUUGCCAAGCAGGUCCUGGACAAGGGAAUUAAAUGUAAGGCCCAGUUCACUGUGAGUCCUGGCUCGGAGCAAAUCAGGGCCACUAUCGAGAGAGACGGUUAUGCCAAGAUUUUAAGAGAUGUUGGUGGAAUUGUAUUGGCUAAUGCCUGUGGUCCUUGUAUUGGGCAAUGGGACAGACGUGAUGUGAAGAAAGGUGAGAAGAAUACUAUUGUGACCUCAUUCAACAGGAACUUUACUGCCCGUAAUGAUGCCAACCCAGCAACACAUGCGUUUGUCACCUCCCCAGAGAUUGUGACAGCCCUGGCUAUUGCAGGCACUUUGAAAUUCGACCCUGAAAAAGACUUCCUAACCGCAGCCAAUGGAGAGAAGUUUAAGCUGCAGCCACCAAAUGCAGAUGAACUACCUGCACGGGAUUUUGACCCCGGACAGGACACCUACCAGCACCCACCCUCCGAUCCUGGCAACCUGCGUGUUGACAUCAGUCCUCAGAGCCAGAGACUACAGCUUCUGGAACCCUUUGAAAAUUGGGAUGGCAAAGAUUUCGAGGACAUGCAGGUCCUCAUUAAGGUGAAAGGAAAAUGCACUACAGAUCAUAUCUCUGCUGCUGGACCCUGGCUGAAAUUUAGAGGUCACCUGGACAACAUCUCUAACAACAUGCUUAUUGGUGCUGUCAACAUCGAAAACAACAAGGCAAACAAUGUGAAGAACCAGCUUACAAGCGAAUAUGGAGCCGUGCCAGACACUGCACGAUACUAUAAGAAAGCUGGAGUGCAGUGGGUAGUGGUUGGAGAUGAGAACUACGGAGAGGGUUCAAGUAGAGAACAUGCAGCUCUGGAGCCACGACAUCUUGGAGGAAGAGCCAUCAUCACCAGGAGUUUUGCAAGGAUCCAUGAGACAAACUUGAAGAAACAGGGGCUUCUGCCUCUCACUUUUGCAGACCCAGCUGACUACGACAAGAUUCGUCCUGAUGACAAAAUCUCAAUACAAGGCCUGAAGAAGUUUGCUCCAGGGAAGCCACUGAAGGCGGUCAUCAAGCACAAAGAUGGCAGCCAAGACACAAUCCAGCUGAACCACACCUUCAAUGAGACCCAGAUUGAAUGGUUCCAGGCUGGCAGUGCCCUCAACAGGAUGAAAGAGCUGCAGAAACAUUGAGAAUGAGAAGACGAGCACGGGGGGGGGGGGGGGGUUGGGGGAACAAACCUGCACCUUAUGAGGGGGAUGUGUGGGUGGUGGUACAAUAUACCCUUCCUUGAGGAUAAAUGGGACAGAUAAAUUGGCAAAGUACAUCAAGUCCUUACUGUCGUCGUGUCGCUCUCUUGCUGUCUCCCCAAAAGCAGCACCCAUCUGCGUGCGUCAUGGAGUUUUGAAUGUGUAAACCUCAACUGUCAAAAGUGCUUGGGCUCUGGAGUUUGUCUUGUUAGAACAUCUAAACCUUAUCAUUAAAACAAUGAAAAUUGCCAGUUUGUUUUGAUUUGUAAGCUUAUCCGCACCAAACUGCACCAGCGUCAAGAUCGAUUUAUAAAAAUAUGAAAGUAAUUGGCUUGUCGCUUGUGUUGUGCAAUUCAUUUUACGGCUGUGUAUUACUGUAAAUUGUAUUUAAUCUACUAACGCAUAAUGAUCAGUCGCUUUCCAUCCACUGGUUAUUUUAAUCUGGGUGUCUAUGUGGCCAUACGGUUCUGUCUUUUCUCAAACACCCCUGCUGCUGUAAAAUGAAGUUGCUCUUGUUACAUGAAAUGAAAGUGUGAAUAAAAGUACUUUUUUGUGGGA